UUCAAUCUCGUUUAUUUCAAUUUCGCCGGUUAGGUUAGGUUAGGUUAGAUUUUGGAGUCCUUCGAUUUAGAUCUUUGACGCACGUGUUUCAUAUUUCGUGUUACGGAUAUAAUAAAAUUGUAAUAAACAAGUAAAAUAAGGAUGGAAGAACAGAGAAAACGAGUCGAAGAUCACAUGACGAGAAUGGUCGAAGAAAUUGACAAGUCGUAUUUACGGAAGAUGCAGAGAAAUAUGCAUCAAUGUGCUGCACAAUGUUGUGAAAAUGAAUCAUAUAGCAUACAAAAAGUACACACCUGCGUGGAGAAUUGUAAUUCUUCUUUGAUUAAAGCACAACAAUAUGUUCAAGGAGAAUUUGAACGAGUGCAGAAUCGCUUACAAAGGUGUAUAAUGGAGUGCAAUGAUAAUAUAAAAGACAAAAUGGGACCAAGCCCAACUCAGACUGAUGUGGACAGGUAUAGCGAAGAAUUUGAAAAGUGUGCCACUAAAUGUGUAGAUUCUUAUUGCGAAUUACUGCCGACCUUGGAAAAGACUAUGAAGAAAAUCCUCAGUAAAAAUGAGUUCUCGUAACAGUCUUUCUUAUAGUUGGAAAAUAAAUGUUAACUGCAUCUCAAUUUUAACAUUUUUUAAGAAAAUUGUCUGAUGCCUAAUAUAUUACUUAAAAAAAAUUUGUUUACAGGUACAAAAUAAAUGUAGCAGUAUUUAAAUCUGUUAUUUACAUAUAUAAAUUUUUGCAAAUACGAUAUAUUUUCUACAUGACUUAUUCAAUAAUCCCAAUGAAUUGAUCUAAAAACU